AUGUCAUCCCUUGCUAAAUCAAACUCAAAGCGUUAUGGCAGGGAACUUAGCCGUUACCCCCACUACAUUCGUAAGAUGUUUGAGCAGAUGCAAGAACGUUCCCAACUUCCUGCUUUUCGGUCACCAUUUCGCCAAGUUGACUCGAAGCAACGUUAUAUCAAACCUCAACAAUGGGGGGUCCAGCCAGGUGACACGGUCUUGAUUACAAAGGGUAAAUAUGCCGGUUCUACUUCAAAGGUUGUUGCCUUACAAAAUGAAACGAAUCGUGUAUUUAUUGAACAUAGUGAAACCAAGAGAGUUGUUGUUCCAAAGGAAUUUUGGCAACCAGGCCAAACUUCUCAUAUAAUUGAUUACCCGUUACCUGUUCACCCUAAAGAUUUGAAAGUAGUUGGUACUAUAGUCAAUGAAGAUGGUACCGAGAAGAAAAUUGCUGCCGAUAAGCUUGUGUUUAAAGGUGAAUAUUGGGAUGAAGAUUACAAGAAAAUGAUGCCAUACAGAAGAGUCAAAUAUAAUGAAAACAUCAUUAUUCCAUGGCCAAGACCAGAACCUGUUGAAGACUGUGAAUAUUCUACAAGUGAAGAGCUAGUUGAGGAAAGAACUUUCUUUCCUAAUUCAAUUGUAUUUUCAGAUUCUCCAGUCGAUCUGCUUAAAUCCAUGAGACAUCCAUUGAUGAAGAGACCUUAUAAAUGGAACAAACAGUACUUAACGAAGAGCGACGUUAAGAGAUUAGUUCCACCUUCUCCUAUUUUGAGCGAAGCAAAGUUAGCCGGCAGAGCUGAAAGAGAACAGAUUAGAGAAUCUUUACCAACUUCCCCAUCGCCUGAAACUAUUAAUUUGGUUGGUGACAAGGUUGCACAAUAUUUGAACAAUAUGAAUGAUGAACGCCUUGCUAAAUACAUUAACAAGAUGGAUCCAACGUAUAUCAAACCUUCUGUUGCUAUUAAGGAAGCUCAAAAGAAGUUGUACGAUGAGAAGGUAAGAGAAAACCAAGAAAUGAACAAAAUUAAGUCUUAUGUUAUUGCGAAAUAUAAAACAAGAAGAAUCACAAAGAAUUAG